GAAUCUAUUCUGUGUAACAUGGAAGGUUAUAAAUAAUAAAGUAGAAAAGGCUAUCUUUUUAUCGUAUUUUUAUUGCAAUCUUUUGCACAAAGUUUAUAAAAUGUCUCGUCAUCGCGAUGUACGAUGCAUGAAUUAUUCAGAAGAAUACGAAGGUUACGAUGAUGUCUAUGGACAUUCUGUAGAAGAUGACUACUGUGUAUCUCCUAGUGCUGAACAAUUUUUAUUUGAUCGAAGUAAGCAACAAAAUAUUGCAUCCUUUAUUACGGAACCAGAUAUAAUAGAAGACAACGAAGAUAAUGAGGAACUUCCAAUAUCUUUCAACGAUGAAAAUGUAACACUUACAGACAUCGAAUUGGGCAAGCUCAUGUCAUGCAUGGAACCUAUAAAAAAUGUUAUAGGAGACACAGUACCUGACUCUGAGAUCAAAAAGAAAAUUAUUCAAUCAAAUUUUGAUGUUAAAAUAGCCCUUGAUUUAAUAUUAAAAGAAUCUUCUCCAAAAACUGCUACUGGUUCAUCUAUGGCUAAUAAGGAUAAUUUAGAACCAUACCCAGAUGCUGCAUCUGUUAAGCCUCAGUCUAAUUCAUUCAUUAUACCCAAAUUAUCAUUUAACAAACAAGAGAAUAUUGAAGGUAAAAAAUUGUCAUCCAAAUAUACAUUUCAAGCUACAACACCUUCCAAUGUGAAAAUUAUUCCCGCUGGGAAACGAUCUGUUGUAAAAGGCUUUAAUAUAAGCGGGACUGAAAAUACUGAUCUAUCGAAUUCCCGUACUGAGAGUCCUCGCUCUCAAAGCCCAUAUUCUGAUUAUAAUAGUCCAGAAGUAAAAAGAAAGGAAAAUAUAGUUUCAAAGGAAAAAAGAGCAGCUUUCUCGAACGCAAAUAGCCCGCGAUGUCAGUCCCCAGUAUCAGGGCAUCAGACACCUGACUUGGAUCCUAAAAUAAAAUUCAAUGAAGAAAAAGAUGUUGCAAAGAUUUAUAAAGAUAAAAGAGGAGACAGCAAGGAACAAUUACAUUUAAUUGUGGUUGGUCAUGUAGAUGCUGGUAAAAGUACUUUAUUAGGACGACUUUUAUGCGAGUUAGGAGAAGUUCCAACAAGAUUAAUUCACAAAUAUCAACAAGAAAGUAAAAAGAUAGGGAAACAAUCAUUUGCUUAUGCAUGGGUCCUUGAUGAAACAGGAGAAGAAAGGGAACGUGGAAUAACUAUGGAUGUUGGUCAUUCUAAAUUUGAAACAGAAACAAAAUGUAUUACUUUAUUAGAUGCACCUGGGCAUAAGGAUUUCAUACCUAAUAUGAUUAUUGGUGCUACUCAAGCUGAUGUAGCUUUGUUAGUAGUAGAUGCUACUAGAGGAGAAUUUGAAACUGGUUUUGACAGUGGAGGUCAAACUAGAGAACAUGCACUAUUAUUACGUUCAUUAGGUAUAUCACAGUUGACAGUAGUAAUAAAUAAAUUAGAUACAGUAGACUGGUCAAAGGAGAGGUUUGAUGAAAUAGUAAGCAAAAUGAGUGUAUUCUUGAAACAAGCUGGGUUCAAGGAUAAUGUUACUUUUGUUCCUUGUAGUGGUCUAUCUGGUGAAAAUAUAUUAACAAAGCCUAAAGAACCUUUAUCUAAUUGGUAUACAGGACCUACAUUAGUCAACGUUAUUAAUAAUUUCAAGUGUCCUGAACGCCAUAUAGAUAAACCAUUUCGAUUUUCGGUUAACGAUAUAUUUAAAGGCACAGGAUCUGGAUUCUGUGUGUCUGGUCACGUAGAAACAGGCAUGGUAGCUUUAGGUGAUAAAGUUCUAGUAUUACCGCGAAAUGAAACUGCAGUGAUUAAAGGUUUACAAAUAGAUGAAGUAUCUAUAACAAACGCAUUUGCUGGAGAUCAAGUUUCUUUAAUAUUAUCUGGAAUUGAUCAACAAAACGUUGGGAUUGGAGAUAUUAUUUGUAAUCCUCAAAAUCCAGUUCCUGUAACAACACGUUUCCAAGCACAUGUUGUUGUAUUCGCAGUGAAAAUACCUAUUAUGAAAGGUCUUCCUGUAAUAAUUCAUCAACAAUCUUUAGUUCAACCAGCUGUUAUUACAAAAUUAGUAGCGCAACUUCAUAGGAGUACUGGUGAAAUGAUAAAAAAGAAACCACGGUGUUUACCAAAAAAUUCAAGUGCUAUUAUUGAGAUUACAACACAAAAUUCAGUUUGUAUGGAAUUAUAUAAGGAUAUCAAACAACUGGGUAGAAUUAUGUUACGUGUAGAAGGAACUACUAUUGCAGCUGGUCUAAUUACAAAAAUCAAAUAACAAUAAUAUAAAAAAUUUAUGUAUUUGCAGUCCUAAUUCUAUGAACACAUUUUUAAUUUUAAAUAUCACUAUGUGCAGCUAUGUAUUUACAUAUUGCAGCUAUAUGCAUAUAACUACAUAUUUGUAUAUUGCAGGAAAUAUACCAGACUUAACAUAAUACCGUAUCUAUAAAUUUGUAAUUAUAUAUAUGUACAUACAAAUUAAUUUGCAAUAGAAAGUUCAUUUAUUUUUUUAAUGCAUGUUUAAUGUGUGAUAUAUUUAUAAUGAUUUAUAACAUUUUUAAAAAUAAUCUAAUACAUUUAAUAAAAUUAUUCUCAAGA